AUGCGUCUUGCCACCUACACACCACCAUCGAUGAGUCCGCGCUCGCGUUUUGCGGAUCAGAUCUCGACGUCUUUGAUCGAGGGAGAGCUGAAAGCAGCGCUAUCGGAGAGCGGCAAUAAAUCCAUAUUGGAGGAGAGUCUUGAUGAUUUGCUCGGCAUCAAAUGCUUUAUGAAGUCUCGGGACCAGCUCCGCCAUGUACCUAUGGAAACGAUCUGCGACUGGCCCACGGAUCGCUUUUUGAUACGCCUAGAAAAUCAGCAUUUCCUUCCCCUCCAUCGACAGCGUCUUCCCGUGAACCGAAAUUUGCUCCAAUUCCCCCAAUUCGGACAGCCGAGGGGGGCGAUCGAGCUCAUCGAGUACAUUUCACAGCAAAUCGCUAAAAACGUGCCUUUAUCUGCUGUACGCGAGGUGGUGCUCAAGCGCAUCCGCCUUGAUGACUUGAAGCGGACAAACGAAACUGACUGGGUACGCUCAAACGUUGACGCGGAUAUUUUGGAGCAGACGCUACAAAUGAGUCAACUAUUCAUGGAGGCUGCUUCUGCAGAAGCGGAAAGAUUGCGUCAACUGAGUCAAGACUG